ACAUGACCAACUCUUAGAGAUGCUCGCCUAGUCACGCAGGGAUAAUUUAACGUUUUUGUACAAGUUGUAUUUAUUUUAAAGCAACAUUUAAGCACGGGAACUGCUUAAAUGAGCGCGAAUUUGUAUUUAUUUAAUGCACGACUAUAUCUUUGUGCGAACACGCAUUUCUGUGACAUACGUACAAGCGAGAAUUGAGCAACUAAAGCAGUUUCUUUCCUCUUUCAUGCCUACAACCGGAUACCCAUGUCGCUUGAUCUUCCGCACUGUAAAAAGGGAUGGAUGUAUAUGCUGGAUGAAGAUGAAGAGGUACAGUGGAGGAAGCACUGGUUCGUGAUCUCUGACUCAGGACUGAGAUACUAUAGAGACUCUGGGGCUGAAGAGAGAGAUGAGGCAGAUGGUGAGAUUUAUUUACGUCACUGCAUGCGAGUGGAGGAAUUUGAUGCCGAUAAAAACUAUGGACUUCAACUGCAUAUGCGUGAUGGACUGGUGAGCCUGUCAGCGAUGACCUCCAGAAUCAGGAGGAACUGGAUCGACACACUGAGGAGAAGAAUCUCAUUCAGGGAUUCAGCUGAAAGCAUUCGACACCCAGACAACAGUGACAUUAGCGACAGAGAGAACUCCAGUUCCCAGAAUGUACCGUCCCGAACCUCUCCCACACCCCAUGGCCCGGGGUCAGAUGAUCGCCACAUGAUGUCCUCACCGUUAACCAACCGGCGAGAGGCCGGCGAGGGCCGCGACCGAGAGCUUGAGAGACGUCUGGAGGGCCGAACCAAGUGGUUCCAGGAGGGAAUUUCCGACAGGGAGGGUGAAGACCCCUGGGAUAAGGUGGAGUUGAAGAAGGGUGUCUUGACUCCAGUGAUUUUGACCCGGCCGCAGGGUCCUGACGCUCAGACCGGGCCAGACAUUGAGAAGAAGUGGUCGGACUUUGAGCAGCUUCCGAUCGGAGAGAAAAGAUCACCAGUUGGUGUCCAGAAUCCCCAAACAACAAAUGAGGUGCUUCAGCGAGAGGUGGUGUCUCUGAGGCAGCAGAUCGAGGCUCUUCGUCAGGUCCGUGUGGUGGCCGGUGUUUGUGGUCCUGAUGCGCCCUGCGCUCUGAAACUGGAGCAGAUGGAGAAAGAGCACCGAGAGAGACUGCAGAAGAUACACGACGAGCAUGAGAGAGAAAGCAGAGAGAUGGAGAGAGACAAACAGAGACUGCUGCAGGAGGAGGCCAAGAACGCAGUCCAAGCGAUGGAGGCUCUGAGGAAAGCUCAUCAGGAGGAGAUUGAGAAGCUGAAGGCUCAUGGAGGAGGACAGACGACAGACCCCUCCAUCAGACAACAGCUGCGCGAGUCGCUCUCUCUGCAGCAGGAGUUGGGCGGUCUGUCGGAGCGCUAUUCCGAGCAGUGCGUGGAGCUCAUCCGCAUCCAGAACAGCACCGAAGAGCGAAACGGAGAGAUCCGACAGAAGGAGAGAGAGAUGGAGCAGCUCCGGCAAGAGAACCAGGAACUUCAGGCGCAUCUGACGGAGGAGAUAAGUCUCAUGCGAUCCUUCAUCACAGGUCAGAGAUCAGGAGUUGUUCCCCUUGGCAGCUACGAAAGGAGCACCUCCGAACUAGAAAUGUUACUGAAGGUGAAGGAGAGCGAGGUGGAGUUUCUACACAAAGAGAUCAGCUGUCUUAGGAAAGAGGUCCAGACUCUUACUAAGGAGAAUGAAGCGUUGAGCGAGCGCUAUAAGCAGGUGUAUGUUGAGCUGGCUGAAUUACGGGGCCGCAGUGAGAGAGACAUCAACGCACUUAAAGAACACCUCAAACUCACUAAUGCUGCACUGGAGGAGGGGCGUCUCCUAGGCAACAGCACCAACCAAUGAGAGCACAGCAAGAGGUCAAAUGAGAUGGAUGGGAUGCACUGAUUUCUCCAUCUCCCUUUGGUCAUGUGUAUACAGGAUAUUGUGUUAUGUGAAGCUCUGUUUUUUUUUUUUUUUUUUUAUCUUGUUGGUUAGAAACUACAGUGGUGCUGAAAGAGAAUAAACAUUCCAGGCUCUUAAAUCAAGAUAUAUUUUAAGUUAAACACAAUAAAAAAUAAAAAUAAAUUACA